UUAUUUUUGUAACUCCGCUAAAUUUAGCUCACAGUGGGUAGCCUAAAGAAAAAAAAUAUAUAUCUGUGGGCAAAACAGAAAAAAAAAAAAAGGCAAACUCAAUAGUCAGUACUAAUACUGGGCCGCUUAUAUAAUUAAUGAAAGUAGAGGUUAUUUUAUGAAAAUUAAAGAAACUAGGAGCUGAUUUUGAAAGUAAGAUUAUUAUAUAAGCACCUGCUAGGGUUUAUUGAGGGUUUCUGGAGCUAGUGCAGAGUCGCCAAGCAAGGAGGAGAGGAUGUCUCACAGGAAGUUUGAGCACCCUAGGCAUGGGUCCCUUGGGUUCCUUCCAAGGAAGCGAGCUUCUCGCCACAGGGGAAAAGUGAAGGCUUUCCCCAAGGAUGACCCUACCAAGCCUUGCAAGCUUACUGCCUUUUUGGGUUAUAAGGCUGGGAUGACACACAUUGUCAGGGAGGUGGAGAAACCUGGGUCAAAGCUUCACAAGAAGGAGACUUGCGAGGCUGUUACAAUCAUUGAGACACCUCCAAUGGUCAUUGUUGGAGUUGUGGGUUACAUGAAGACACCACGUGGUCUUCGUUCUAUGAACACUGUCUGGGCUCAGCAUCUUAGUGAGGAGGUGAGGCGGAGGUUCUAUAAGAACUGGUGCAAGUCUAAGAAGAAGGCUUUCACAAAGUACUCUAAACGGUAUGAGACUGAUGAAGGGAAGAAAAGUAUCCAAGCACAGCUUGAGAAGCUGAAGAAACACUCAUCUGUUAUUCGUGUUUUGGCCCACACUCAGAUCAGGAAAAUGAAGGGAUUGAAACAGAAGAAAGCUCAUCUGAUGGAGAUCCAGGUCAAUGGUGGCACUAUUGCGCAGAAAGUGGACUAUGCUUACAGUUUUUUUGAGAAGCAAGUCCCAAUUGAUGCUGUCUUCCAGAAGGAUGAAAUGAUUGACAUCAUUGGGGUCACCAAGGGUAAAGGUUAUGAAGGUGUUGUCACUCGUUGGGGUGUCACCCGCCUUCCUCGCAAGACCCACAGGGGUCUUCGCAAGGUGGCUUGUAUUGGUGCUUGGCAUCCUGCUAGAGUCUCAUUUACUGUUGCCAGGGCUGGUCAGAAUGGAUAUCAUCAUCGAACUGAAAUGAACAAGAAGAUUUACAAGCUUGGUAAAGCUGACCUGGAGUCCCACACUGCCAUAACGGAGUAUGACAGGACUGAGAAAGAUAUCACUCCAAUGGGUGGUUUCCCUCACUAUGGUGUGGUGAAGGAUGACUAUGUCAUGAUCAAGGGAUGCUGUGUUGGGCCAAAGAAGAGGGUGGUUACACUCCGCCAGUCUCUGCUUACCCAAACAUCUCGUGUUGCUCUUGAGGAAAUUAGACUCAAGUUCAUCGAUACCUCUUCAAAGUUUGGACAUGGCCGCUUCCAGACUACACAGGAGAAACAGAAGUUCUUUGGACGUCUGAAAGCAUAAUUAUGCAAAUUAACAUCAGAUUUUGAGUCAUAGUGAAAUUGGUUGAUUUUGAUUUUUGUGGCUAGCAGAUUUUUGCUUUAGACAUCUGAUACUGAAUUUUGAAUAUUUGAAGCGUUGAAGAGUUGUGAACUGUUUUGAAUGUUUUGUUUCAGUGGAAUUGCCUGUGAUUUCCUGUUCA